AGAGUAAGAGGAGAGAGAAAAAACCGUUCUCACUUUUAAUUUUUCUUCUUUGGCUUUGUUCAUCGCCAUCAUUAACAACAAAGGUAACACACCCAUCUGUUCAAAUUUGAUUUUCUCUUCAAAUUUCAACUACCCAAUACCUAGCUACUAGUGCAAGACACAGAGAGAGAGAGUCUAACUACAUACCCACUAGGGAGAGUCUCUUUCUUUGCUUCUCUUUGACAUCGGAUCUUGUUCUUUCCCUAGAAUUCAUUGAAAUCUGAUAUGGGUAUUCCUCAAAUCACUGAGAAUAUCAAGAAUAUUGUCACCCCUCUUUAUUAAAUUUGAGCUUUUGAUCUGGUUUUUCUGAUCUGUCUUCCUCUGUUUCAAUAGCUUUUUGUGUUAGCAUGAGUGUAAUGUGAUCGAAAUUGUACCAUUUUCUCCAAUUCUGUGAUCAGAUUUGAACUUCACUUGGCGUCUCUGAUCUGAUUUUUGUUUGUUAAAUUGUAAUUCUGAUCAAUGGAGAAAGAUCAAGAACUGAAGCAUGUGUGCAAGUUCUGCAACAAGAGCUUCCCCUGUGGCAGAUCCUUGGGAGGUCACAUGAGGUCUCAUGUCAUCAAUUCAGCUGAAACUGAUGAUGGAAAGCUCAACAAAAAGAAGCUCUCAUCUGUCAAAGAUGAUGGAAAUUAUGCGAACGGCGAUUCGGGUUUCGAAGGAGGUACUAAUACUGGCUAUGGCCUGAGAGAGAACCCCAAGAAGACAUGUAGAUUUGCAGAUUCAAGUGAAGAUACUUUGCUUCAGGACAAGUUCUGCAAAGAAUGUGGUAAAGGUUUCCAAUCUUGGAAGGCCUUGUUUGGCCACAUGAAGUGUCACUCUCAGAGAGUUUCAAACAGUACUACUGUGGAGGAAGAUUCAUGGAGCAGCGGUAAUCAGAAGCUGGUCAUGGACAGCCAAUCGGACACCGAAGCCGCGGCGCUGAAUCGGAAGAAGAGAUCGUCAAGAAGAGUGACCACAAGGUACACAGCCACCACAACUUCUUCCUCUUUCUCUAUUGCUAAUAAUGCUUCCUCGUCUGUUACUGAGAUUGAGCAAGAACAAGAAGAGGUUGCUAUGUGUUUGAUGAUGUUGUCUAGAGAUGUGAGUCAUUGGACUGGUUUCAAUUCUGUUGCUGAAUCUUCUGAUAACACUUCUGAAUUCUUAGAUGUCACUAAUAUUGAUGAGGUUGUGAAGUUCAAGAAGCUAAGAAAUGGGAAGUUAGAGUCCACUGUUUUGGAUUCUGAUCAUUCACAAUUUGAUGUGAAACAAUCAGAGUUUGGUGCUAAGAUGAACAAAUCAGAAGUUUUAGUUAAUGGGUUUUUGCCAAUUGAAAAUCUUGAAGUUGAAUUGGGGAAGAAUUUGAUCAAUGAAACUAGAGUUGACCAAGCUGAAUUGGGUUCUAAGAAGUGUAAUUCAAGCAAGAGAAAGCGUCGCGAUUUGGUUGAUCCUGAAAUGGAUGGACACACCUCAAAGAAGAGCAGAUUUGAGUGUACUACUUGUAACAAGAGCUUCCAUUCUUACCAAGCUCUUGGAGGUCACAGAGCUAGCCACAAAAAGAACAAAGAGUGCUCUGUUUCAAAGAUUGAUAACACUAAGCUCAUCAAAUCAAUCAACAAUGAGAGCUUCAUUGAUCAUGAAAUGGUUGGUGACAAUGCUGAGAAGGCAGAGACAGUUUAUGGGCCAAAGAAGAGUAAGGGACAUGAGUGCCCAAUUUGCUUCAAAGUGUUCUCAUCGGGCCAAGCUCUGGGUGGUCACAAGAGAUCACAUGUAGUUGUUGGUGGCUCUGAGGCCAGAAGCAACCACAGCAUUGUCACCCAGAAGCCAAUUCAAGAAAUCCGAGACCUUCUUGAUCUCAAUUUGCCUGCUCCUGUUGAACAAGAUAGCAAUGGCCAUGUUGGGUUCAACCCAUGGUGGAUUCAAAGCAACCACAAGCACGAUUCGCUCGUUAGUCUGCUCACUAACUGAUUCAAGUCCUAGCCUUGCACACUCUCAGUGCUCACAGUUUUCGAAAGACGUUUACACGGUCAUAAGACAUUCACAUUUAUACACUUAUAAGUGCCAACAAUCUUUCUCCCAGUGGGACGACACAAUUGGUUUCAAUCAAAAUGAUUCAAGAGUGUACAGAUUCAUUAAUUCUUUACAAAUUUGAAGCGAUUCGUUGAGUUACCAACUGUUACAAUUAUACAUUCUGUGAGAAACUAGGAAUAGCUUUUCUUGACAUUGAAGAGAGAAAUGAAUGAGGUGUUGAAAUUGAGAAUGUUAUGUGAAGUCAUUAGGAAAUAAAAGCAAUUUUAUAAUGGACACACAAAGAUGUGGCAUGUGAGGUUAGGGUGGUUGUUAAGUCAUCUACCAUAAAACAUGACAACCCAUCUCACUCACCUUUUUUUCUUCUUGAGCUCAACUGUAUUACUGGUGUUAGUGUAUUUCUAUCUAUAAUACAAAGAUUAUAAUGAGAGAGAGAGAGAGA